CAUCACAUAGUGUAACCCCAGAAUUGUCUGGAAUGCAACUCUGCUGCGUGGGUACCUAGGUAAGCUAUAUCAAGAUAACAGUCGACAUAGUUAUGUAGCUAUGUGCAUGUCCCCCCGAUUUUUGGAAAAUCUGGUUUGCUUCUUGCGGUCUCUUGCAUCUCUCACCACUUCUCAAUUUUUUCUGUUUCUCUUGCUGUCCUAACAAUACCCGGAAUAUGGAUCCCGAGGAAAAGUCGAAGCCGCAAAGUGGCCCAGGUAGCGUUACCAGCAGCCAUGGCGACGAGAUCAAGGUUCACAAUGGGGGCACCAGUAAGAGAGUUAUACAGGUAUGCGUCACAGCCGCCAUGGGCGGUUUCCUCUACGGCUUCUCCGCGAACGCCAUGAGCGGAACGCUGGCACAGACGAGCUUCAUAGCGAUGUUCCUGACGACUGAAGACGCGACGGCUCGAAUGGACGGAUUGCUCGCUAGCUUUCUGGGUGGUGCUUUCGUCGGUUGCAUCGUCCAGGCUCCGAUCUCGAAUGGAUGGGGCCGUAAACAGGCGAAUCUCGUCGCCGCGCUGAUCGCUGUCGUGGCCGGCGUCUUGCAGUGCGCUUCCUACCACAUUGCCAUGCUGCUUGUCGCACGUGUCCUGUGUGGAAUCGGUGCUGGCAUGGUCAUGGCGAAUAGCCCCGUCUACAUGAGUGAAGUCGCUCCGCCCCACACUCGCGGUCUGCUUGUAGGACUUCAGGGCGUCGGCAUCGUCACGGCGUAUAUUGUCUGCUCUUUGUGCGGUUUAAUAUUUAGUUUCGUCGACCACCCUGUCCAGUGGCGCUUGACAUUUGUCGUUUUGACAGUUGCGGCGGUGGGAUUUGCUUGUUCUCUCUACUUCCUUCCUGAGUCGCCGAGAUGGUUGAUGGAAAAUGGGAGGGAGGAGCAGGCGAGAGCCGAGUUGGAGCGGUUACAUAGCACCAAGUCUGACCCUGACGGCACUCUUGCUCGUGCAGAAGCCACUCAGAUCAAAGCCCAGGUUGAAGCUGAGAAAAACCUACCUAAGGGAUACAUUUACAUUUUCAAAACACCUGCUCUGCGCAAGCGGGCGUUUUGUUCUAUUCUACUAUGGGUUAUGGGACAAGGCACGGGCAUCACCGCCAUUGCCAACCUCAUACCAGUUCUGAUGGGUGGACUCGGGUUCAACCCUACCCUUCAGCUUGGCUUAGGCUGUGCCUGGACCGUUGUGGCGAUUCUCGGCUGCCUGCUCAAUGUAGCCAUCAUCGAUAGAGUUGGCCGUGUAAGGCUUCUCGUGAUCGGCGGCAUAACCAACGCGGCGAUCCUCGCUAUAAUGACGGCCCUCGUAAAGUACUAUCUCGCCACCACUUAUGAGCCUGGCAUCAACGCCCUGGUUGCUCUUUACUUCAUAUUUGGGUUCGCAUUCACGUCCACGAUCGAAUGCACAUCCUACGCAUAUGGCUCAGAAAUUUGGCCAACCCACUUGCGAAGCGAGGGUUCUACUCUCGCAUUCGCAUCCUUCUUUGGCAAUGCUCUUGCGUACAGUGCUCCAGUCAACUUGGCUCUGAAGAACAUUGGCUGGAUGUACUAUCUUGUCUUCGUCUGUGUGACUAUUGUGUCUACGGCUAUUAUCGCUGUCUAUUUCCCAGAGACCAAGAAUCUGACUCUCGAAGAGAUUAAUGCCAAGUUUGGUGAUGUGGUAGCAGUGGAUUUCAAGGAUGCCAUUGCCGCCGAAACUCGUGUUGAAACUAGUAAUGCGAAGACAUCGUGAUGCGAAAGGGGCUCGCAGUGAUAAGGCAUACCUAUCUACCUAAGGGCUUUCUACACGUAUAGUGGAUAGUUCGACAUUUAAUUCUAAUAACCAACCAACCUACCUACAUACCUAAUAGGUACUACUAGCCAGCUUCAAUAAUGAGAAGUUUUUCUUUGUAUUACCACCUGAAUAAGGAUGUUUAAACCGUAUUAGCCACGCAUAAGUCAGACUAUAAAAUUAUACAAUCAUCCCUU